AUGCCUCCCGGCGACGUUCCUCUACCGGACAGCCUCGUGCCGGGCAACGGGGCUGUCCGUCCUUCUUUGAAUACCAGCGGCUAUGGUGGCAGUUACCAAUCGCAAACCCCAACUUCUCCGGCCGAUAGCAGUAUCCCCUUCGACUCCCCACGCAGACAAGGAGGAAGAAAUGGUUCAGUCGCGGCUGGUUAUGACACACAGAAUCCGGAUGGUCGCAUGGGCCGCAGGCUAGACACGAAUCUUUCCCCCAUUGCAAGAGAUCCAUCGACUCCACGCGAUUCUCCCACGGCAUACUGGGACAGACCGACUCCGCGCGACCGAUCCCGUCCAGGCCCUCGAUCGCACACCAAGUCUCCUGGGAGUUCCCCACGCGUGUGUAAGAAGUGCGGUGAACCCCUCGUCGGUCAAUUCGUGCGAGCUUUGGGUGCAACAUUUCACCUGGAGUGUUUUAGGUGUGAGGAUUGUGGUCAAAUUGUCGCGUCCAAGUUCUUUCCCGUCGACGGGGAGGACGGCAGUGGGCAGUACCCCCUUUGCGAGAUCGACUAUUUCCGACGUUUGAAUUUGCUCUGUCACGAGUGCGGCGGUGCCCUGCGUGGCUCUUAUAUUACGGCCUUGGAUCGUAAAUACCAUAUUGAACAUUUCACCUGCUCUGUGUGUCCGACGGUGUUUGGUGCACAAGACUCCUACUACGAGCAUGAGGGCAAGGUCUAUUGCCAUUUCCACUACUCCACCCAAUUCGCCCAACGCUGUCAUGGCUGUCACACUGCGAUCCUAAAACAGUUUGUCGAAAUCUUCCGCAAUGGCCAGAACCAGCACUGGCAUCCUGAGUGCUAUAUGAUCCACAAGUUUUGGAAUGUCCGCCUCGCCCCCACAGGUCAGCCUCUGGAGCCGCCGGAGAAGGACCUCGAUGCCACCGAUGAGGAUCGAAACAGGGUCCGUGAGGAGGAAGACAUCAUGGAGGAGAAGGUCUACAAGAUCUGGAGCAUCCUUUCGAGUUUUGAAGAGUCUUCCGCGGCAUGCAUCUCGGACAUGCUCCUGAAUGUGAGCAACGGUGCAUACACAGAAGGUGUUCUCAUCGCCAAGCGAUUUAUCACCCAUGUCCAAGUUCUUUUUGCCGCCAUUGACCAAUUGGCUGGGUACAUAAAGUCCCAGGGCAUAAAAGAUCUUGCCUACGGACGCGAAUCAAAACUUUUGUGCAAGAAGAUCGUUGCUUUCUUUGCGCUCCUAUCCAAGACGCAAGAAACCGGAGUACAGAAGCUGGGCGUUACUCAGGAGCUCUUAUCGCUGGUCACCGGCCUUGCUCAUUACCUCAAACUCCUUAUCCGGAUCGGUCUCCAAGGAGCCUUGAAGCUCGAAAGGGAAAAGAGGGCCGCCGAUGGAUUGCACCGCUUCUUGGACCAUCUUGGAGACCUCGAAGCCCUCCGCCCCGCUACCGAGGAAGAAUCCGCAGCAGAGUUGAUGAUCAGUGUUGAUGGCCUUGCCAAUCAACUUUCCGACUGUUGCGUCGCGUGCAGGGAACCGAUCGACGACGAAUGUGUCAUGUCAGCCGACCAAAGGUGGCACGUCAAGCCGCCUCACCUCAGCUGCACAGCUUGCCAGCGGGAUCUCCUUUCCAACCUGCCGGAUGCGGUGUACAAUUCGAAGGAUAAGCGGGCUUAUUGCAAGAACUGCGCAACGCAGAGAAGCAUACCCUCCGAGGCUGGCCAGUUUGUUCGCGUCUCGAAAUUGCAGCAAUUUGUCUUCUUGCUCAGAGUCGCUCUUGCACGACUUCUUGCUGUAUUGCGGGCAGGAGGAACUGUGCCCCCAGCCCCAGGCGACGCCAAUGCGCAGGAUCAAGGCCCGUUGGGUGACGUUCCUCGGUCCAAUCCCCGCAAGACAUACGCCAAUGCUGCCAAAGAGGGCACGGAAGGGUCUUCGCUCGAGCAAACCGUGGGUGAAAUGCGGCGCCUGCGGUCGAUUCGCAAUGAACGUACCUUGUCAACCACGUACAAGAAGGCUCGGGCGUCCCGGAUUAUCGACGGCCCCCAAGGGAGAAGCGCACGGCCAGGCUCUUCCGGUGGCGAUGGCACCGACCCACGCGGCCAUGGUUUCCAGAUUGUAGAGGAAAAGGAUGCCAACGGCGAAACAGUCACCGAGCUAACGUUCGGCAAUCAGGAUGCUUUGACGUUGGACGACAUCCCGAGAAUUGUUGCGGCCGAACACGCCAAGGAGCAACGUCCGAACGCUUAUAGGCACGCUGGCACCAAACUUGUCGGGACCGGCGAACCGCUUCCCAGAUACAAGCCAGGUCAUCACCGCGCAGUAUCUGGGGCAAACACUCUGGAACCGCAUCUCAUGGGUAGCACUGGCAGAACAAAGAAGUACUUCUCUGAACUCUCCGCUUUGGAAUAUUUCAUCGUCCGACAUGUGGCCGUGCUGUCCAUGGAGCCGUUGUUGGACGGAUACUUUACCUUGGAGGAACUGCUCUCGCUGAUCGAGUCUCGCAAACCAAGCAUCUGGAAUGUCUUUGGCCGUGCCUUCAACAAGGAUCCCAAGAAGGGUGGUAAGAAGAAGGGUGUGUUCGGUGUGGCCCUGGAUGUUCUUGUCGACAAGGAAGGCACGGAGUCGAGUCAUGGCGUUGGGCCCGGUGCCCUUCGUAUCCCAACAUUAAUCGACGAUGCUGUGUCGGCCAUGCGGCAGAUGGACAUGUCUGUUGAAGGAGUGUUCCGAAAGAACGGCAAUAUCAGGCGUCUCAAGGAGCUCACUGAUCUCAUCGACAAUCGAUAUGAGCAAGUCGACUUGACCAAGGACAGCCCCGUUCAGAUAGCCGCACUUCUGAAGAAAUUCCUUCGAGAGAUGCCUGAUCCGCUUUUGACCUUUAAGCUCCAUCGCCUUUUCGUUGUGUCUCAAAAAAUCGCGGACCCAGAGAAGCAGAAACGGGUGUUGCAUCUUACCUGCUGUCUCUUACCCAAGGCUCAUCGGGACACCAUGGAAGUUCUCUUUGCUUUCCUCAACUGGACAUCAUCGUUUUCCCAUGUGGACGAAGAGUCCGGAAGCAAGAUGGACAUUCAUAAUCUGGCAACCGUCAUGACCCCUAAUAUCCUGUACCCCAAUGCUAAAAACAGUACGGUGGAUGAGAGUUUCCUUUCGAUUGAAGCUGUGAACGCACUUAUUGCAUACAACGACAACAUGUCCGAGAUCCCCGAAGACCUGCAGGGGGUUCUCAACGAUACAAGCUUCUUUAAAGAAGAAGUUACCACGAAGGAAAUUCUUAAGCGAUACGGAGAUAUUGCCCGCGGAAGCUUCUCACAGAAGACCAACAAUGGUGGCGAGACUUUUACGAUCACCAAUUCCAGUCGCAAUGCAAAUGCCCCGACAUCCGCGCGUAUCGAAACAGAUCCAUCACAGGAUGUCGCAUGGCAGAUGCAGAGCUCAGUUCGGCACGUUCAAAGUCCAGUGGCGGGUCAAUCCCACAAUGCUAGCGCUGCGCCCCCGGAAUUUAUAGCCCCGCAACCCAAACGAGAGCGCAGUGUCAGCAACGGUAGCCAUUCGAAUUCCAUUCAGUCCGAAGGAGGAGCUCAGCAGAUGCCGUACAGAUCGCGCCAGGGAACAGGGCCCAUGGGUGUUGCCGGUUAA